AUGUCGACCGCCCGCGAAAAAUCCGAUUCUAUCGAUGAGAAAAUUGAGGAUCGCGAGCAAAUUAUCACUGUGCAACCUUCUCUCGAAGAGAAGAGGUUGGUGAGGAGAUUCGAUGCCCGUAUCAUGCCUAUCGCCUGUAUCUUGUAUCUCUUCGCCUAUUUGGACAGGACGAACCUUGGAAAUGCCCGCUUGCAAGGACUGCCCAAGGAUGUCCUCCACGGCGAUCGCACUGGUGUGUUAUUCGACUGGGUUAACUCAGCAUUUUUCUUCUCAUAUAUUCUGUGUCAGGUCCCGGCCACGAUUGUCUCUAAGCUCUGCCCUCCCCGCCUGUGGCUGGGAUGCUCGGCUAUCGGAUGGGGCAUCUGCUCGACGCUGAUGGCAUCCGGUUAUGAUUUCGGCGGCCUCGUCGUUGCGCGAGUUUUCCUCGGUGUCUUCGAGUCAGGCUUUGGCCCUGGCAUUCCCCUCUAUAUGUCGUUCUUCUAUACCAAAGAAGAGAUGGGCAUGCGCAUGGCGUACUGGUUCGGUUUCGCCGCUGUGGCAGGGGCUUUCGGUGGAAUAAUUGCAUUUGCCGUGCAGCAUGCACAUACUGCUAUUGCAGAUUGGCGACUCUUGUUUAUCAUAGAGGGGUCUCCGACUAUCGUGCUUGGGCUGUUGGCAUUGUUCGUCCUACCUAACCGUCCGGAAGAAACGACGAUGCUAAAUGAACGAGAACGAGAACUUGCUCUGGAACGGGCGAACAGAGGAUUGGCAGCGGACACCGGAAGGAUGAUCAACAAAAAACAUAUCUUCGCGGCCUUCAAGGACUGGAGGAUCUAUGCCGUUGGAGUGAUCUACUUCGGUGCGAACUGCGCUCUGGCCUCGAUUUCUGCGUUCUUGCCCACCAUUAUCACUACUUUCGGCUACACGAAUGCGCGUGCACAGCUGCUUACCGUGCCGCCGUAUGCAGUAGCAGCGGUAUUUCUGUGCCUGAACUCGUACUGCUCAGAUAGGCUACAGAGCCGCGGACCCUUUGUAGUAGGCGUGAGCGCCCUCGGUGGCAUUGGUUACAUCCUGCUGCUCACGGUGCCUCAUAACAACCACGUCCGCUAUUUCGCGACAUUCUGUAUUACCAGUGGAACGUACACAACUAUCGGAGUCGUUAUCGCAUGGUUCACGCAUAACCUGGGCUCUGAGACAAAGAAAGCAACUGGCAUCCCCAUGUACAUGGCUAUCGGCCAGUGUGGCAGCGUCCUGGGAUCUCACAUUUAUCCGUCUACAGAAGGCCCACGUUACAUUAAGGGGUUUGCCGUGACUUGUGCUCUCCUGUUCCUCUCUGCCACCAUUGCAAUCGGUCUUACCACCUACUUCCGGAUGGAGAACGCACGGAGAGACCGGAAAUAUGGCAAACCAAUCCCGGAUGAGACCGUGGAUACGUUGGAGCUGGCUGAUCUUACACCUAACUUCCGUUAUGUUCCAUAA